AUGACUUCGGAUGGAGAUUUGUCUAGCGCAGAAGACAGGGUGAUGUCAGGCCCUGCUCCAGAUUCAACAAGCAAGAGUUCUAAGCCGCGCACGAAGCCUACAGCGUGUCGCAGAUGCCAUUCGCGUAAGGUGAGGUGCUCAGGCGGGCAGCCCUGCGAAAACUGCCGUCAAGCGAGCAAGGGUGCUGAAUGCACAUACCCCCGUCGGAACCGCAUGGUGAAGGUCAGCCAAAGAUAUAUCGAUGAUCUUGUCGCCGAAAAUCAGCGACUGAAGAGUCAAAAUGUCGGAUCUCAGACCCAGGCCGACGCCAUCCUCCCAGAUAUCCCUGCAGCACCCGCAAAAGAGGUCGUCGACAAUGUCAUUGCUGUCCAGGCCCCAUCUCUGGAUCAGCGCCCGUGGUUCUUCGACAUGAACAUCCCACAUACACCCAUUCUCAUCGGCGAGGCAUCGGAUGCAGCUUUCGCUACAAGAUUCCGGCAGGCUAUUUCAACGGGAGAUCAUAGCCAUAUCCCACGCGUCAACUACGCGACCGACGAGAAGCUACUGGUCUUGUCUGACGUUGACUGCCCCUGGCCAAGCCCUGCUAGAGCUCGAUUCCUGGUUGGCGUCGCUCUGAGAUAUGUGAGCCGGUGCUACCACAUCAUCCGAAAGAGCCUCAUUCUAGAUGGGCUUGAGCAAACUCUUCAGAACCCAUCAGAGAGUGACACUCUACUUAAAAGCAAGCUAUGGGCUCUCUUUGCCAUCGGAGCCAUGUACUCCACGCGGUCGGCGACAUCCGAGAAGGAUUUCCCUGGUAUGGGGUACUUCGCCCGUGCAACAAGAGUUCUCCGCAUCGUGAGCGAGCGACCACGAAUCGAUGUAGUUGAGUUGAGGCUGCUUCUUUCAUUCUACUCUUUGGCACUGAACCGUAGGCAUACUGCCUACACCUUCGCUGGCUCAGCGACGAGGCUUGCGGUCGUUAUGGGUCUGCACCUGAACGUUCCCGAGUCUCAGCUCCGAGAUGUCGCAGCCCGUGAGCAUCGGAACAGAGUCUUCUGGACAGCUUAUACCUUCGAUCGUAUGUGGGCCGCGAAGCUGGGCCAUCCCGUCUGCAUCCAAGACCUCGAUAUCGAGGUGGACCUCCCCUCAAAUCCCCAAGUCGACCCAAGCAUCUCGGACGAUUUCGCAGACGCAUCAUACUUCAUCGCCAGCGUAAAGCUUGCCCGCGUGUUGGGCCGAAUCGUGCCCUCGAUCUACCGCAGACGCAAUCAGCAGAGCUCGCUCUCUCACCGGGUUCAAGAAGCUCUCAGCGCCCUGCGUGGCUGGGUCGAGGAGCUUCCGCCUCAGCUUCAUAUCGACCACAAGGUCAACUCGGAUCGCAUUCAAAAACCAAUCUCUUUGCAUCUCAACUUCAAUCAGUGCGCCGUGAGCGUUACGCGUCCCAUCCUACUCCACGUACUGCGCACCCACGUCGCAUCCUGGGGGACUUCUUUGACGCCGGAACCCGAGAUUCCAGCGACCGCCAUGACUUUGGCCGAAGCAUGCAUCCGCUGCGCUCGACAUUCGUGUCGAUUGCUUACUGAAUGCUGGAUUGACGGUUCCUUUGCGACGUUCGACUAUUUCUACACCCAAUAUCUCUUCUCCGCCUCAACUAUCUUGGCAAUCUCGAGCCUUCUCAAUGGGAAGGAGAGUCACAAUGAUCGAGAGCAGUUCGAGGAGGCUGCCCAAUUUCUCUCGCAACUGAGGGACAACGGCAACUUCGCCGCCGGGGAAUUCUGCCAACAUAUUGAUGCCAUGAAAGCCAUGAUGGCUGCCGCUCAUGCGCGCCGUGGUGGCUAUUCUGUCGCUGGAGACCCCUCCACCUUGCUUACCGACGCUACUGCGACCUUCGGCGAUGCUAUGAGCAUCGGGCAACCCUUCACAGCACAGAAUACUACAGCGGGGAUGGCGCUCGCUGAGCCGUCUUUGCAGGAACUUCUAGCCCAGCCGAUCUUGGACUUGCAGUUUAUUGAUGCCUCUAUCUACAACGAUGUACCACGUAAUCGCUACCAGAACUUAAACGGCACCGCCAACCUCGCACCAGCAUUCGGUGUCACAGUUGGCGCAACAGCUGAGCCCGUCGCCCCGCUCUCCGUCUCCCCUGUGGAUCCGGUUUCCGUCGUGGCGGUGUUUGUCGUCGCCGUCGUCGUUGCCGUCGCUGUCACGCUCUGCGUCACCGUUGAUGUGGCCGAGGAAGUUCCACCUUCGCUCGCACUCCCGUCACAGGGCACUUCACCAGCCACAAAGGUAUAG